CCAGUGAGCAGGAACGUGUGCGGCUUUUUUCGGGUCAACAUUACCGCGUUUUUUCAACUUCCUGCGACCGAACAGACGUGUAGCAGCGACCAGAGCUUAAACACAGACACCUGUUCUGUGUUUUAAAAUCCUAAUUCAGUCUCAAAACAACGAGGUAUAGUGACUGUAAGCUCUAGUUUUACAAACAGUAACGUAACGGUGUGCGGUGUGGUCACUAUCCCUACUACAACAGUAACACGACGACGCCCCCAAACCAAAAAAAAUGCCGUCAAGAAAUCAUCUUGACAAAAUUGGGAGGAAGAAGAAGAAGAAAUGGACGGAGGAAGCCAUGGAGCGUGCACUGAUCGAGGUGAAGUCUGGAAGGUGCACGGUGAGACAAGCUGCCAAGGAGUUCGGAGUCCCUAAAUCUUCACUGGGGGACAGAGUCAGUGGUCGGGUGGCACCGGGGAGUCGCAGCGGGCCGGCACAGCUUAUAACAUCUGCAGACGAGGACCUGCUGGUAGAGUUUUCUUUAUACAUGUCCAAGCAUGGAUUUCCGCUGACCAAGCAACAGCUAGUGUCCUUUGCAUCAUCCAUUUAUAAGCGGCAGCAUCGGAGGGUGGCGUUUUCUAAACUGGGCCAGACCUGGUGGCUCAAUUUUAGAAAGCGGCAAGAAAAGAAUAUUACUAUUCAGCCAGCGGACAAUGUUGUCCGUGGGAGGACGGUCUGUGUGAGGAAGGAAGCAGUGGAGCAGUUUUUUCAUUUACUGAGCACUGUCGUGGACACUCGGGAACUGAGAGACAAGCCUCACCAAAUCUUUAACUGCAACGAGAUGGGAUUUCAGCUGGGCAGGAAGAGGGUGAUACUUCCAAAAUCUGCCAGUCUGGGCUACAAGCCAGCACCAGGCCAGAGGGACCACAUCUCCGUCUUGGCUUGCUUUAGUGCGGCUGGAGUGGACAUUCCCCCAUUUAUUAUCUACUCAAAGGCCUAUCCAGGGGGAGUAUGUUACAAGACACAAGGACCUCCAAAUGCCCUCUAUGGUUGGUCAGACUCGGGGUGUGUCAACUCUGAACUUUUCAAGAAAUGGUUCCUCAAACACUUUCUUCUGCAUGCACCAAAAGAGCGUCCGCUGCUGCUGAUUUUUGACGGCCACAAGUCUCCCGUGAACCUCGAGGUGGUGGAAGCAGCACGAAAGGAGGACGUCAUCCUUCUGUGCCUUCCACCUCACUGCUCUCACAUCCUGCAGCCGUUCGACGUGGGGCUCUUUUUCCUCCUGAAGCAGCGCUUCGCGGCGCUCAUAGGUGACGGUUGUGCCACUGAUUCUCACUUUGCUGUCAGCAAGAAGGAGUUUUCAGGUGUAUUUAAAGGGACAUAUCAGGUAGUGAAGGAGGAGGAGGGUGUCAGGACUGUGAAGGAAGGCUUUAGGAAAUGCGGCAUGUACCCGCUGAACCACUUCGCCAUUAACGACGGUCAUUUAUUGCCAUCCCAUGCAAUGGGCCCGGCAGCUGGACCUUCCUUGUCUACAUCAGCACAGGGGAUGCACUCUGUGGGAGACCUCACAGCUGCUGGACCCUCCUCCUAACCCCUUACUACCUAAGACUACCAGUCAGUAGCUUUGAAGAAGGAGACUGACUGUAUAAUUUAACAAAAACUGAAUGAACACUCAUGACAGAAUACCGUGCAAACCUGCACACACAGUCACUGUAGAGUUCAGCAGAAGAAAGGGUUGUGUUGAUAUUAUUUCAGAGUGCUCAGAUUGUGUUGUUGAGUGAAAAUGCUGCACCACAGUGGACCAGGGUCCAAACUAGGGGGUCUAGAGGACAAAAGAUUAUUUAAGGUAUAAGAAAGCAAAAUACAUAUUUCUGUAUUCUUUAAGACUUCUAUAUUUAUUGUAUUUGUCUUGUAAAAUACUGGAUAGUUUGACUCACAGUAGUGUCAGUUAUCAAAGUAGAAAAAGCACAGGUGAAAAUCCUAACGUAAAUGAUGGCUGCAUUUACUUUAGGUGUGCUAGUUCUUGGGCUCUCGUAUUUUGCAUGCUCGCUUACUGACAUGACCUAUUGCGACACUUAAUGGAACGAAGCCAUCGUUAAUGUUAUUGCUCCCACCUGUGCUUCUCCUGCUUUGAUAAGUCAAAGUCAUGUCUCCCAUGAAACGGGUCUUUUCCCGUGAGGAGUGAUCAUAAGCAGGCAUCGCUUAAUUUUAGAGGAUCACAAUCCAGCUAGCUAAGCUGACACAUUAACAAGUGUGAGUAAAAUGAAAGUUGUGUCUGUUGUUGUCUGUGCUGCCACUGACCCGCUAACUGACUUGCCGACUUACUGGAGCUACACUGCUCUUCAUGUUUAUGUGCAUAUUGCAUCUUGUAGAUGCGUAGCAUUUAUUUCUGGGAACAUGCGCAACCAUUGCUACAAACGGACAGCAGAUAUGCAAGCCAGCCAUCAUGCGUACCUGAAAGCGUGGUAGACUAGUAGGGCUGGGCUGAUAGACAAUGCAAUAGUCCAUUGGCAGUGGCUGACUGUCAACGCCUCUGUGUCCCAUUUUUGUUAUUACGCCCACCUUCAAUUGGCCGUUACUUGCGUUUUUUGUUUUUUCUUCUUUCUUCCUAACUAUAGCUAGCCAGCUAAUCUUGUUUCAAGGUACUGAGGCUUGUUGUGCAGAGAAGAAGAUGCCUGUCAGACCCGGCACAGGCAUGUUUGAUGCUGGCCUGGCAAAUGUGAGAGUUGCUCUAACUCCCCUCUUGUGUGACAGGAGACUGUUUGCUGCGUGAGACAGAUGGAGGGUGCCGUCAGAGCAGCAAUGACAAUGUCGUCGUCCAUCACGAUGUUUCACUGCGUGCAUCUUCAUAUUGCCAGUUCAGUAGACAUCACCCACCUGUGGGGUAGUUUUUUUUAUCCUGCUCUAGACUGAUCAAACAAGCUGUUUAUUGGCUCAGUGUGUUUUCAUGCAUCUACUCACAGAUUCACCUCAUUUUUCUGGACAUGCUUAUGAAGAAAAAAGUCUGAUUUAAAUCUUAGCCUUCUUCAUAAUUAACCAUGCAUAUCUAGUACAUCAUGAAAAUGUAGUCAGGUAGUGAGGUCUUGGCUCUGUAUCCACGCACAACAUUUUCAAACAAAAGAACUACUCAUGAAACUUGUUACUAGGUGAUUUCUCCUUUGUUGCGUUCCAGCCUGCUGUGAAACACUGAAAGCACUGACAGGUAAACAGUGUUUUGUUAUAUCGAUGGAGCUGAAAUGAAAACAUGUCCUUGAAACCUCUUAUUCAGUUCAGUUGUAAAUCUAUUCCUUGUUUACAUAUUCUGAAUGUAAUCGGCCCACUUAGCAGGUGGAGCAGAAAUAUUGUCUAAAAAAUGAGGACUAUCGAGGAAAACUGGGCCAUUUUUAAGUUUGGGGAAGGGUGUUCUUAUUGAAAUGUUUUGUAUUCACAAAGAAGAAUGGACCUUACAGGAUGAGCUCUGGAAGAAACAACAAAAUAAAAGUAUUUUUGCAGCACAA